GGAACCAGAACCCACCCCCCCAAACCCGACCCCCAUCAUGGCACACUCUGCCCAGCUGAACAUCUUGGAGCAAAACUGCCCCAUCCAGGUGGAGCACGAUCGCAAGCGGAGGCAGUUCACGGUCAAGCUGAAUGGUUGUCACGACCGGGCAGUCCUGCUCUACGAGUAUGUAGGGAAGAGAAUUGUGGAUCUGCAGCACACAGAAGUCCCUGAUGCCUAUCGAGGGAGGGGAAUAGCCAAACACUUAGCUAAGGCCGCCCUGGACUUUGUAGUGGAGGAGGAUCUGAAAGCCCACCUGACCUGCUGGUACAUUCAGAAGUAUGUCAAGGAAAACCCAUUGCCCCAGUACCUGGAACGUUUGCAGCCUUAAUCCCAGCCCCGACAGAGCCUGGGUGGCUCUUUUCUUCAGCUCCCUCUCUCUUUCUUUGUCUCACCAGCACACUCUGUUCCUGACUGUUCAAUGCGGCCUUUGCUUCCGUAUGGUCUCAGGAAACACCUUCCCCACCAGGGAACAGACUCAGAAUUAUUUUUCUAAGGACGCUUGAACACCUCAUAGGGAAGCUGCUCUGGGGACCAGCUGUGGCCGCCGUAGGGUUCUCUCCCAUGUCCCUCCUUUGUACCCCUCUCGUCUCUCUGCCACGUCCUCAUGAGAGGCUGUGGAAACUAGGGAGAGGUAGUGUUCCUGUUUGAAUCUUAUUAUCUCCUUGUCCUACCCAGGGAGGUACCUGGAGAAAGGAUUUGGGGCAGUUCUUUGGUCUGGUUUGGGUUUUUUUCCCCCUCCCAUCCUUCAUCGCCUCCUGGGCUUUACUUAAGGGACCAUCAUUCCCUCCCUUUUUAGGUCUGCAAGCAAAAUGUUUGUCAACCACUGGAUUUUUACCAGAGCAAGGGAGGACAGUUUAGCCCUCCUCGACCUACCUUCCCUUUGUUGUUGCUAAGGGAAACAGGGCAGAAGAUGGGAAAGGCAGGGUCAAAGGGGGAGAGACAGUGCUCUUCCUUCCCAUCCCUCAGGAAUAAAGACCACCAGUUGUCAAGGGGAUACACCAGGAGCGGAUUCAUCAGAGCAGGUUCUAGCCCGCAUCUUGUUCGAGUGAAAGGAGACAUGGCUAUCUUACUGGCUUACACCAAUGAGCCACAGGAAUUAGGUGCACACCUGCCUCCCUGCCUGCAGUAAGCAGAGACCCUGGGCUGCACCUUUUACUGCUGUGGUUUGAUGAGCUCAAGCCCGACAUGGAUGAGAUUGAGGAGGGUGGUGAAGGGGGUACGAGGAGAAGAGGAAGGGAAUUUAUCUGUGGCCAUCUUUAAAGCCAACCUGGCCCUCUAGGAGUAAUGCACUUCUCCCAGUGUUUUUUGAGUUUUUUUCCUCCUGGGAGAGAGUCUCGGGGCAGGAAGUUAACUUGACUAUGUCUUCAGAUGGAAGAACAAUUCUUGAUCCACUCUCUUCCACAUUUAUUUGAAUCCCCAUCUUUUUUUUUCCCCCUCUCCCUUUGAAUAUGGUGGCUUAAAUCUAGGAGCAAUAAGCAUCACUGGUGAUUGGAGGGUCCCUCUCCAUUGGCCUUGGUGUGCCAAAUCCCAGAUGCCACCCUCAUGCCCCCACUCCCUUUACACUUCCCUUCUCUAGCCAUCUCAGAGACCAAAGGUGGGUUAAGCACAAGAUGCUCGGGGCCUAUUUGAUUAAAAAAAGAAAGAAAAAAAAGAUUGUGUCAGCUAAAGUUUAAGACUCUGUACUGAAUUGUCAAACAAACACAUGCACAUAAGUGUGCGCCUACCCUGUAUAAGGAGAUUGGGUAAAUGUUUCAGAGGAGCAUCACUUGUAUAGCCAAGGGUCCUACUAUGGCUGCCGUGGGAUUCUCUGGAUGGAGACAAUUUCUGUUCGGUGUGGUUGAUCUUGGUGCCAGACUUUAGCUCCUUUUUGUACACCUUUCUUCCAGCCAGUCCUAAAAUAUGCCAUGCUCCCAACUCUUUCCCCUAUUAAAUGUGCAGCUGCUGAGCAGUUGACAUCUAGCUGUUUGCUGCAGCCUCACCCAAGCCACCCUGCAGCAGACUGUUGGUAUCACCCAACCUGGGACUAAGCAACCACUUCUUGCUGAGAGACCAACCUUAGCAUCUCUGUGACCUCUGCCUUCCACAGAUCAUUAUCUUGCCUGCUUGAAAGAUGGGCUUUGGGACAGGACAUCAUGCUGAUGACUUGGCGGUAGUUGAGUGGAGAUGGGAGAAGGGAACAGUGUCAGAGUCUUGGCAUCCCAACCCCCAUACUGGAAUCUUAUUCCCAAAGGACAUUUCCUUUGUGUUGGGAGACAUCAAAAAUUUGUGUUAAUGGAUAGAGCUGUGUUUCUGUCUGUCUGUCCCUCCACAGCCCGGUGGGUUCUUCAUUUAACAGUAUUUCCUAUCUGAAAGGAAUAGCCAACUCAUUCCAUUCCCCGUCCCUGGUCACCAGUAGCACUCACAGAGAUCAAAUCUUCUCAUUUUAAACUCUUCUGCCUCCUCUCGCACGUCUUUCAUUCACUGGCUCAGUAUUAUAUCUUUGCCUUUCUCCUAGUCUUUGGCAGAAGAGGCAUCUGUCUUAGAAGAAACACUGACACAGAUGGGGUGGGGGAAUGGUGCUUACCUGUGAGAGAUCCUCACUCCCUGCAGCAUCCUCUGGGGACCUAUUCAUGAGUGUCUCCCUGAGGAAGGCUCUUGAAGGCUGCAAGCCCUAGCUAAGUGACUUAUUUUUCCUCGUGAUAACUGAGAUCAGACUCUUGACUCCCCAAGAUUAAGGGGAUGAUGGGCCUGAAUUCCUCUGUGGGACUGGAUGAGAAGCUCACCAGUACUAAAUGCUAUCAAAUUGAGACUCCGUGUGGGCGUUGCAUCCACUAGUGUGCAAGGAAAGCAGCCUGAUGUCGAGUGGGCCACGGCUGGCCUCGGUGUAUGUAUGUAUUAGUGGUUGGUGGGAGCUUUAUUGCCCUAAUCCAGAGUGCUAGGAAGUGGGGGAGGGGAGAAGGGGCCACAGAGAGGGUGCCUGGUGGUUUUUGUUUUAACAAGUCUCUCACCUUCGCUGUGCUGGACUUAGGUCAGAAGAGUUGGUGCCGAGGUGGGGGUGGAGGGAAUGCACAGACUGGGCCUCGGGUUUCACUGUUAGUGCUUCCUUUGUUUGGGCUCUGUUUAGAUUAAAAGACAGGAUUGUAGAGUCAUAUUUUCCAUUUGCCGAGGCACUGCUUUCACUAGUCCUGGCAUGGGAGGGGCCACCUCACUCUCAACCCUGUGUUCAAAGCCACUCAUAGCUGGUCUUCUAUACAGAAACCACCCCCUGCCCCCAUUCUCCAGGGCCCCUGAAAGGAGACACUGGAACCCUGGGGUUCAUCGGUGCUGCGGGACCAGUGAUGUAAAUUGAGGUUUCCCCAAAGUAGAUCUGUCAUGCUGCAGCUGGUUGUGAUGGACACCUUUGCAGGCCUUGUGGCAAGGUGCCAUACUCCUAACUGCUGCCCUGUGUUGUACGCCCUUCUGUGGAAGAGGUCCUUCUAGGACGACAUCUCCUCCUUGUCCCCUGCCUUCUAGGAGGUAGCAAGGGAUGAGGCCCCAGUGACACCCUAUCCCUCUCUUACCCAGUUCUGCCCUCCACAUACCUCUGCAGGUCAUGACAUGGCACUGCCUUUCAUGGGACAGACUGGGUACCACCAGUGGGGUGUCCUUCCAGCCAGAAAGUGAGGCCUGUACAGGUUAGAACCAGUCAGGGAAAACAGGAAAGCCCCUGGAAUUUUAAGUUGUGUUUAAAAGCUUUGAGUUAAUUAGGGAGGAAAGAGAGUAGUGUGGCUAAGGACUGACCAAUUGAAAGUGGAGCUGUAUGCUGGGAUACCUUCCUUUCCCCCCACUAUGCAAACACACACUUACACACACAGAUUACCCUCAUACAGUUUAAAGAAACGGUGCUUUCCAGGCUCAGGGUGGGAGGGAGUGUCAGGGUCAGGACUCUUCAUUUCCUCCACUCAAGCAGGCGCCUUGGGGGUUAGCAACCUCAGAGAUGUUAAAGCGGCUUAAGUAGGAAGCAGCUUCCCCGGGAAUCUCCCUGGCAGUAAGAUCUAGAGUGAAAUGAUGGCCCAGCAGGUACAUGCUACCUCCCUCUUCCCUUUUUUCCACAGCUUCCUAGAACAUGCACCCUGACCCUCUUCCCCACCCCAUCCCCCUCCAAGUUUGUCUUAUAAUGAUGGGCAGCAUCGUGAAAACGGUUUUUGUCCUCCCCGUGACAAAUCAGAAGGAGAGAUGACCAUUCACCCAUCUCAGGGAGUCAGGAGAAUAUGGACUAGCAUGGAGUAUUGGCAUAUGCUACUUGCAGGGCCUUGCCCUGAGCAUCCACUCCCCCUGCAAGUUGGUCAGAAGUCCCAGGACGGAUGAGAUCAGUUGAUAUGGCAUGAUGGAGGGAAUGGUAGAAGGUCAUGAAUCCUUGUAUUUAAUCCCUGUUCUUUGAUAACUUGAAUCUAAACUGACAACCCUGUGUGUUAACAGUGACUCUGUGCUUUAAAAAUAUAUAUAUAAACACAACUUUAAAAAAAACCCAACCCUUAGUACUUGAAUAGACAUGGAGGCAUCUUGUCUCAUACCCACGAGGGCUAAAUCUUCUUGAGUCACUCUGGUCCCCACCCUGCAGAGUGCUGGAAGGCACCACCAAGGUUUUGUCUUCAUAGAUGGCUUUUGCCUUGAAACCCUGCUGAUGAAGCCUUCAGCUUUCCCACUGCUCAAGUUGUGCACUACCUUCAAGCCCCUGUGGAGUGCGUAUUCCUGGCAUGGCAGCGGCUGCCUGGCAUUGGUAUGACUGGUGCCCAAACCUGAGCACUGCCACCUUUCAAGCGGUGGGUUCUUCUCAAAUUUAGCUCUUAAGAGUUGCAGCUGAUUUUAUGAAUGUCUGCAUGUUAAUUAUGCUGCUUCAGUCCUACCCUUCUUAAUAAUCAGGUAUGAAGAAUUCAUAAAUUUGAUCAGAUUUCUGUAACACCAAAGGGAGAGCUGGGGAGCAAAGAAGACUGAACUGUCAAAUCACCCCUGAGCCUAGGGUUCGUGUUUUUGUCUCUUCACUUGGAGAGACCUUUCAUAGUAACUUCCUUCUGGGGUGUGGCUUUCUUUUCAAACUGGUGUGACUGCCUUGAAGGAGAAAGGUGGGGAGAGAAAUGGCUGCCCACAUCUGCUUAUACUCAUCUCUGUGGCUACCGGAUCAUGUUUAUUAAGAGUAUUUUCCCAAGGAUUAUUCUCUCUUCCUCAAAUAAACUCAUCUCUAAUAAAUGUGUAACUAUAAACCUCCAGUCACUCUGUACUGGCAAAAUCCAAAUUGAGGUGAUAAAACCUCCAUAAUUUAAAUAUCUUCUGGGUUUGUCCCCCUUCCUUCCAGCUUCCUACCAUGCAUUCUAAUAAGCAGAGUUAACAUUUGACAACUAGCAGGGUUGGGUUUUUUUUAUAUUUUUUAAAAAUUAUUUUGGAGGCAGUGAGGUUAAGUGACUUGCCCAGGGUCAC